AAUAAACUUGUGAGCAGAUCAUCAUAAAAUAUAUAACACAUCAUGGAGAAGAGCAGUUCCUAUAGCAGCCUACGGCCAAGGAUCAAUACUACGAGAGAUAGAUCUAGCCAGAUAGUAUCUAGUGCUGGUCGAUCUGUCCUGAGCGACCUCAAAGCGCAGUAUAUUAACAAUAAGAGCAAGCCUCCAAACAGGCACUCACAGUCUUUCAAAAAUUUACAUGAAGCGUUUGAUACACUAGAGUUGAAAUAAGCAAAAAGAUACAUGGCUCCAGGAAUAUGGAGAUGAACAAAAGCCCAAACAUUCUAUGCGGAAAUAUGCAUCCACCACAAAACUAAGGCCAAGGAACCUAAUGCAGGAUGAUGAAGAGGGUAUAAUUUAUGACGAAGCUAAUGGGUUUGAUAUUCCAUCAGACCAGAGAAGGAAGAAAAGCACAUUCGCACCAACAAAGUCAAAAUAUAUACAACAUUUCCCUGGUGGCUAUAAGGUAGAGUCAGAGGUGCCUGCUGGAACUUCAGUACCGUUUCAACUACCGAUGAUGAACGGCUAUGGAACCCCGUUCCCAGGGUAUGCUUCUCCAUAUGCAGGACAUCCUUAUUCAUAUGCAGGAUAUGCUUCUCCUUACCCUGGACAUGGAACACCAUACAGUCACCAAUACGGGAAUCCUUAUUAUGGAGGUCACAGUCCUUACCACCCAGGAAUUCCAGCAACCCAAAGCUACUCAAACUUUAUGCAGUUUAUUGAUGAAAGAGACAGAAUGAAACAGCAUCUUGAUAAGCAGACUGACUCGCUAAACUCUUUGAAGGAAGAACUAGAAUCUCUGAAAAAAGAUAGCCAUAAUUUUGAAGAGAAGGUUAGGCACGGACAAGCACAAAUAAUUCCUAUUACCAGAAGUAAGAAGCAUUAAGCCUAAUCUAUGCAUCAACUAUUCGUUAAUA